GCCAGAACCUGUCCGCUGGCUGAAACCACCAGUACCGCAGUGCAAAAGCGCUUCCGUCGCGGCGCUCCCAUCAAGAGACAACGACCAGUUCGCCAACCCAACUACAUCGCCGUCGAUGGAAUUUGACGCGGCCGCGGCCGAUGCUCGCACCAUGUUCUUAAGCGCACAGUUCCGCUGUGUUCCGCUUCUUUCCACUGUAUCGAUACCAUGGAGGCCAUUUCGAAGCUAGAGCAAACUGAAAUCUCGGAGGUCCUCUUUCCAACCGUAGGGAUCUUUGUACCUCUUCUAGAGCCGUUGAGAGAGGAGAUUGCACUCGCUCGGAAGACAUUCCAGUACGGAGGGACGGGGCGGCAUCAGCUAGACAUCUACUCUCCGGCGGACACAAGCCAGAAACACCCAGUGCUGUUCUUCGUCUACGGGGGAGGGUUCGUGCAAGGAGAUCGCACGCUCCCCUCACCCGCCGACACAUCGUACGGAAACGUCGGGCUCUACUUUGCCAAACGCGGCUACGUCACCGUGAUCGCCGACUACCGCCUGGCGCCGGGGACGACCUACCCGGGGCCUGCUGAGGAUCUGCGCGACGCUCUCCAGUGGGUGACCAGCCACCCGGAUGAAACGGGGCCCGGAGCGGACCUGGAUAAAGUCUUCUUCCUGGGUGUCUCCGCCGGCGCGGCCCACACUCUGACGCUGCUUUUCUCACCCUCCAUCAUUGGCGGACUGCUCUCCAAGAUCAAAGGAGCCACCGUUGUGUCUGCCCCGUAUCAUUCUGAUGUGGGCCUGGAUACUACUGCGACCUACUACGGCUCAGAGGCCAGGGCCAAGACAUGCUCGCCCCUUGCCCUACUCUCGGGAGCAUCGGACGAAACGAUCAAGUCUCUCCCACCGCUUCUGAUGGUGCGCAGCGAACGAGAACCUCCCAAGUUCAUCAAUGCAGGCAACGAGUACGCGGCUGCUGUCAAGUCCAAGGGGAUCCAAGCACCCUACAUCACGGCUGCCGGCCACAACCAUAUCAGCAUCACAUUCGCUCUGGGCACAGGACAGGGCGAGCAUUGGGCCGAAGAGACGAUUGCUUGGAUGGCCAAGCCGUAGUCUGAAUGAGAAUCAAAACGACUUUGCACAUAGGGAAUCCACAACUUUAACCUGCACUGCUUUCACCGAUUGUCAGGCGAUGGAGCGAAGUGGUGACAUAUGCCCGAGUAUAACCUCCGGGGCAUAUCAUUCCGCUCGAGAUCCGGCGCUAUGCGGUGCUGUCUCACCGUCUCCUUGUCUAUCCUUGUGCUCUGACUGGACGACAUUCCGUAAGGAUUUGGCCCAGGCCAAUCCCCAUAUAUAGUUAAAAUAUGACGCAAUCGAUGUGAUGUGAAUCAAGGCUGUGCUCAAAUCACAAACGCUCCACAGGCCAAAUCACGCUGAUUUGGCCGAGGCUCAAGACCCUCGGCCAAAUCCAAAAAAGGCAUUUCCAUCAGGCCAAAACGUUGCCGA